CAGCCCUGGCUGACGUGCAUAAUGUGUUGAGAAAAAAGUCAGUUUAAUAUAAUUGAAAUACAGAAGCGUUUCAUAUUGUUUUUGUAUGCUGCCGCCGCUUAGCUGCAAUCUAAAUAUAUAAAUAUCAUUAAUAUAGCCCAGCGUCAUUGAACUGCGCGUUAUUUACGCAACAACAACAGCACAAACUAACAACAAUCAACAACUAGAAUCCAGCAACCAAACAACAACAACAAAUCCUACAAUCAUGGCGAACAUGGCCGUAUCACGUAUCAAGCGCGAAUUCAAAGAAGUUAUGCGCAGCGAGGAGAUUGUUCAGUGCUCGAUCAAAAUUGAGCUGGUCAACGACAGCUGGACAGAACUGCGCGGCGAGAUCGCCGGCCCGCCAGACACACCCUACGAGGGCGGCAAGUUUGUGCUGGAAAUCAAAGUACCCGAAACAUACCCAUUCAAUCCACCAAAAGUUCGUUUUAUAACACGUAUAUGGCAUCCGAACAUCUCGUCGGUGACCGGAGCCAUUUGCCUGGACAUACUGAAGGACAAUUGGGCCGCUGCGAUGACAUUGCGCACCGUGCUAUUGUCGCUGCAGGCGCUGCUGGCCGCCGCCGAGCCAGACGAUCCGCAGGACGCCGUCGUCGCCUACCAGUUCAAGGAUAAGCACGAGCUGUUUGUGCUCACCGCCCGACACUGGACCAAUGCGUACGCCGGCGGUCCGCACACGUUUCCCGAUUGUGAUUCAAAGAUACAGCGUCUCAAGGACAUGGGCAUCGAUGAGCACGAUGCGCGCGCCGUGCUCUCCAAGGAGAACUGGAAUCUGGAGAAGGCGACCGAGUGCCUAUUCAGUUAGCUUCGCAGUCAACCGAACGCAGCAGCAGCAGCAACAAUAACAAGAAGAAGAACAACAACAACAACUAAAUCAGAAGCCGCAGCAAAACACCAGCAACAAGAACUUCAAGUUAAGGAGCAGCAGUAGCAAAUUCAAUAAGAGCAUUCUCAAUUCAAUCAAUCAGUUCGUUUAGGAUCAAUCAAUCAAUCAAUCAGCAAAUCACAGCAAUCCAAAUUUUAGUACUGUUAGCAAAAGCUGCCCCCCCCCUCCCCUCCCCUCCACUAACCACCCGCUAAUCACAAUCACAACAUUGAUAUACGAAAAUAAUUGGCAAAUAGAGUCCAACACACACACACACACACACAGCCAGACACACACACACAGCCAGACAUUAUUUAUUGAAAUUUUUAAUUUGUUUUGUUAAUUUCCAAAUCCAUUUACUGUGUAAUUUGAAAGUUUUGCGCCCAAGCCGGUUCUCACUUGCCAACAAUAAUCCCAAUUUCAACUAAGUUUUUCUUUCUCCCAAAAAACAAAAGAAUGCGAUUCAUUAAAUAAAAGUGAGUACCGGUAAUGGCCCCCACAGUUCUUUAUUACCUUUUUUUGUUUGUUUGUUUUGAUGUGCACUACAUUUAAAUAUAAUAAUAGUGUUGCGUUUCCUGCUACAGGCUGAGCCUAGGGCCCAGCCCCACCCUCUCGACAUUUGAUUAUGUUUUGUAAUAGAACCCAGGGUUCCGUUUGCGCAGCCGCAUUUAUUGUUAAGCAAGGACAACAACAACAAAUGAGAGUAACAAAAUUAAAAAAAAUAUAUAUACAAUUUACUUGCUAAACUUAAAAUAUGCAUACGAAACAUUUUUUGUCAUCUUUAACUGGUUUAAUUUAAGUCGAAAGGCGAAACGAAAAGCAAAGUGAAAAUUAAUUUUAAAGUUUAAAACAAAAU